UCCCCGGUAAAGUCUCGCGGUGCUGCCGGGCUCAGCCCCGUCUCCUCCUCUUGCUCCCUCGGCCGGGCAGCGGUGACUGUGCACCGACGUCGGCGCGGGCUGCACCGCCGCGUCCGCACGCCCGCCCGCCAGCAUGGCCACCACCGCCACCUGCACCCGCUUCACCGACGACUACCAGCUCUUCGAGGAGCUCGGCAAGGGUGCUUUCUCUGUGGUCCGCAGGUGUGUGAAGAAAACCUCUACGCAAGAGUAUGCAGCAAAAAUCAUCAAUACUAAGAAGUUGUCUGCCCGGGAUCACCAGAAACUAGAACGUGAGGCCCGGAUAUGUCGACUUCUGAAACAUCCAAACAUUGUUCGCCUCCAUGACAGUAUUUCUGAAGAAGGGUUUCACUACCUCGUGUUUGACCUUGUUACCGGUGGGGAGCUGUUUGAAGACAUUGUGGCCAGAGAGUACUACAGUGAAGCAGAUGCCAGCCACUGUAUACAUCAGAUUCUGGAGAGUGUUAACCACAUCCACCAGCAUGACAUCGUCCAUAGGGACCUGAAGCCUGAGAACCUACUGCUGGCGAGUAAAUGCAAGGGUGCUGCUGUCAAGUUGGCUGAUUUUGGCCUAGCCAUUGAAGUACAGGGAGAGCAGCAGGCUUGGUUUGGUUUUGCUGGCACCCCAGGUUACUUGUCCCCUGAGGUCUUGAGGAAAGAUCCCUAUGGAAAACCUGUGGAUAUCUGGGCCUGCGGGGUCAUCCUGUAUAUCCUCCUGGUGGGAUACCCUCCCUUCUGGGAUGAGGAUCAGCACAAGCUGUAUCAGCAGAUCAAGGCUGGAGCCUAUGAUUUUCCAUCACCAGAAUGGGACACAGUGACUCCUGAAGCCAAGAAUUUGAUCAACCAGAUGUUGACCAUAAACCCAGCAAAGCGCAUUACAGCUGACCAGGCUCUCAAGCACCCAUGGGUUUGCCAACGAUCCACAGUGGCAUCCAUGAUGCAUCGUCAAGAGACCGUAGAGUGCUUGCGCAAGUUCAAUGCCCGGAGAAAACUGAAGGGCGCCAUCCUCACCACCAUGCUUGUCUCCAGGAAUUUUUCAGCUGCCAAAAGCCUAUUGAACAAGAAGUCAGACGGCGGUAAGGAGAAGACGGAAUUUAACAGUAAAGUGGUGGAUUUUUUUCCCUCCACAGUGCGAAAACAGGAGAUCAUUAAGAUUACAGAACAGCUGAUUGAAGCCAUCAACAAUGGGGACUUUGAGGCCUACACGAAGAUUUGUGAUCCAGGCCUCACUUCCUUUGAGCCUGAGGCCCUUGGUAACCUCGUGGAGGGGAUGGAUUUCCAUAAGUUUUACUUUGAGAAUCUCCUGUCCAAGAACAGCAAGCCCAUCCAUACUACCAUCCUAAACCCACACGUCCACGUGAUUGGGGACGACGCAGCUUGCAUCGCCUACAUCCGCCUCACCCAGUACAUCGACGGUCAGGGUCGGCCUCGCACCAGCCAGUCAGAGGAGACUCGGGUCUGGCACCGCCGGGAUGGCAAGUGGCUCAAUGUCCACUAUCACUGUUCAGGGGCCCCUGCUGCACCGCUGCAGUGAGCUCAGCCACAGGGGCAUUAGGAGAUUCCAGCUGGAGGUCGAACCUUCGCAGCCAGUGGCUCUGGAGGGCCUGAGUGACAGCGGCAGUCCUGUUCGUUUGAGGUUUAAAACAAUUCAAUUACAAAGCGGCAGCAGCCAAUGCACGCCCCUGCAUGCAGCCCUCCCGCCCGCCCUUCGUGUCUGUCUCUGCUGUACCGAGGUGUUUUUUACAUUUAAGAAAAAAAAAAGAUUGUUUAAAAAAAAAAAUGGAAUUCGUACCAUGACGCGUUUUAAAACCACCGAUAGCCCUUGGGCUGGCAAGAAGGCAGGAAUUUAUGUGAUGCCUAUCCUGGCAUGAGCAGUGGGCUCACCCACCAGCCCUGAAGAGAUGAGCUCGGCCUCUGGCUCCCAUGGACUCAGGGGGACCAGGCAAGAACUCUGACAGAGCUUUGGGGUCCGUGAUGUGUGACUGUAGCUCCUGAGGUAGCCUGCUUACCCUACGUCUAGGAAUCGACUUCUUCAGAACUUGAUAGGAGCCUAGGAGGAGGCUGAUGAGAACAUCAUGGCCAUCAGAUCUACUUGGGAGAGAACACAGAGCUGCAGCCUGCUCUGGAGGUAGCUGAGAAGCAGUGGCCUCAGGACUGAGGGCCAGGACGUUGCUGUACUGUUUUAUUGAAUGCAGAAGGGAAGAGAAUUGGUGCUGCAGAAGUGUGUCCGCUGCGAAGCUGAUGAGAAACCUCAUGCUAGUCUGACAUGCACUCACUCAUCUAUCUCUAUAGGAUGCACCAUGCACGUGGGCCCUGAUAUUGAGGCCCGACCCCUGCAGCUAGGAAGGGGAAGGGGUUACUGCUUUGCUUUGUGUUUGUUUUCUUAUAACUUAGCCAGGAGAGCACUGGGCCCUAGUCAAGGCCCCCCUUGCCACCUUUGGCACUUGUUUCUGUAUGGAUCUGAACCAUCUUUGUCUUGCCUUUUCAUGGUGGUGGUCCCCUUGCUGACCCUCAUCUGGGCCUGGGUUCCCCCACCAAGUGCCCCUGUGGGAUGGGAGGAGUGAGGCAGUGGGAUAAGAGGUGGUGACUGUUUCUAUGCAUUCAGGCUGCCCUCAGGGCAGCCUCCCUUCUUACUCUUGCUGCACGCACAUCUCUUUUCCUGUCUGCUCUGGCAAGAAGAAGAGGUGUCUUCCUUAAAGAGGCCUCUUUACUGACCAACUGAAGUAUAGACUUAAUGCUGGACAAUCUGCAUGGGCAUCACCCCCCCCCCCAUAUACACCUGCAUGUAUCCAAAAGAGGUGUCCAGAGCCAAGGCUUCUACAUUCAUUGUCCCUCUUUGUGCCCAAGGAGUUCCAUUCCAGGAGGGAAAGAUCUAUGCCCUAAGCAGAAAGCAGAGAAGAUAAUAGAAGGAGCAAUUGGUAAUGGCUUUGGUUUCUCCCAGACAACUCUGCAGAUUUAUCUGCACAAACAUCUGCGCUUUGGGGGGAAAGGUGGGUAGACUCCAGCUCCCUGGACUACCUUCCAGAGGCACAAGAGCUAGGAGAAGAGGCAAUGCUACAGGUUUACUUUGGAGCAAGCUGAGAAGAGAGCAGACUCACAGGUGCUGGUGCUUGGAUUUAGCCAGGCUCCUCCGAGCACCUCAUGCAUGUCCCAGCCCCUGGGCCCUGGCCCUGGCCCUCUCCUGCCCUGCAGCCUGCAGUGCCAGCACGCAGAUCCCUUCACCAUAGGGUUUGGUUUUGGCUGGCUUGAAGACAAAUGGUCUUAGAGUUCAUUGAGACCCAUAGCUUCAUAUGGCUGCUCCAGCCCCACUUCAUAGCAUUCUUACUCCUCUUCUGGGGCUAAUGUCAGCAUCUAUAGACAAUAGACUAUUUAAAAAAAAAAAAAAUCACCUUUUAAACAGGAAAUGGAAGGCAUUUGAUGCAGAAUUUUUGCAUGAUGACAUAGAAAUAAUUUAAAAAUAGUGUUUGUUCUGAAUGUUGGUAGACCCUUCAUAGCUUUGUUACAAUGAAACCUUGAACUGAAGAUAUUUAAUAAAAUAACCUUUAAACAGUC